AUGAUCGCGUCGACCCUCGGCGUCGUCGCCACGCUGGCUCAGACGUACAACGCCUCCGAAGCCGGCUCGUGCUGUCCAGUAUUCCUUGCUAGACGCGGCAUGUUCGAUGCCGCUGACCGUAUGGUUCAAGGGGCCGGCACAGGAGCUAACCUGGCCCUGGGACCGAAUGACAGCCUUACGCUCGAGGCUGGUCUGGGCCGAUGCCAGCCUGUUGCCGCUCGUGAUGAGCCCGAGAAGGCCAUUGGCAUGGUCCUCGACGUCCUCCGCUAUUCCUGCACCGAUCGUGGCCGGAUACUGGCUACCUUGGCCACCCUGGUGCUCUCUAUCGACGCGCCGGUGCGGUACCAGUUGAUGGCAGUUGUUAUUCUGAGCGUGAGCGUGAUGACAGCAUUGUGGUCAUCGUGA